CAUUCACGCAUGAGCAUGAGUGCGGUAAAUUUAUUGAUGCAGUACAUAACCUAUAACAAUUUUACGUAUUUUGACAUUUUAUAAGUUUUUUGUUGCGUUUUUUUGUAAAGAAGGGAUGUGAAACAUCAAGGAUAUGGAACCCACUUGAGUCUUAACUGAUUUUCACAAAAUAUUGCGCGUUUGUUUAUCUACAUAAGUGUAAAAUUAAUGUUGCGUGUGUGACCAAGUGUGACGGAGUGAACGUGGGUGUAGAAUGCAGCAUGCACUAUAUUAUACAUGUUUCUAUAGUCAAGUAACAGUAUUUAGUUUGUAUCAGUACCUGUCAGUAUUAGAAUUUUUUUCUCCAAUGCAGUUAGAUAAAUAAUGACCAAUAAAUAGUAAAAUUCUGUUAAAGAAUACUUUGUUAUUAGUGGGGAAUUGAUGAUUUCUUGUCCCUAAUAACCAAUUUGGGUGAAAUUAUGGACAUAGCCAGACAUGAAGCGAUGGCAGCUGCGUGCAGAUUUGGCGGCGUGUUUCGUUUCUCUGUUCUGUCAAAUAAUUAAAAAAUAAAUGACUAAGAAGUAAUUUGGAAUCUGUGAAAUAGUGUUCUUGUAAAUUAAAAAAUUGAGGAUCGCCUGAAUUCACCAAAAUCACCAAAAUGAAGUGAAUCAUAACGACAACCAUGUCAACCCAGGAUCAGGUCAGCAAUAUUCUCCAAAGUUGCAAAUAACUGUCGAUUUCCAAGAAUUUGUCAGGAAUUAUGAUUCGUUACGUUUGGUCUCUGAUUUGCUGGUAUAUUAGAUCACUGGUAAAAUGGGUUUUACGCCUAACUACUCGAAUGUGUGAGCUCCAGAGAAUUUGUUAUGGAGAAACUCCAGGAGCACCUCGCACCCUUGCUCUGGAGAGAUCUCUUAGGCAAUCAAAAAAUGUUAGUAUUAAAGCUCUCGUAGCCCACCUGGAUGAAAUUGCUGAUCAGCAAGGAAUUAGUAUAAAAACAGAGCGGGAAAUUCUCGAGGAGGCUAUCAAAACAGUCCUCGAUGCUAAAGACAUUAACCCAAUAGCUCAUCCAGAUUUUGCUAAGUCAUUUGCUAAGUGUACAGAGUCCAUCUGGGGAUACAGGCAACUUUGUGUGGAGUGUGAGGAACUCAGGAAGACACCUUAUGACCCAGAGAACCCGGAGCAUGAAAUGCUUCUACUGAAACUGUGGAAUCUGUUGAUGCCGUAUGAUCCCCUGGAUGCAAGGGUUACGAAGCAGUGGCAGGAUAUAGGAUUCCAAGGGGAUGACCCUAAGACGGAUUUUCGUGGAAUGGGACUGCUUGGACUAGAGAAUCUCGUUUAUUUCGCAAGGGAGUAUCCCAGUGCUGCAACCCACGUCUUGUCACAUUCGACACAUCCUCGUUAUGGAUACGCCUUCGCGAUUGUGGGGAUCAACCUCACAAGCAUGGCCCUAAGACUUUUGCGAGAUGGUUCAGCCAAAACUCAUAUCUACAACUCAUCUAAGACCCUGCCGACUAUACGUGCCUUUCAUCAGUUUUAUAGCUACCUCUUCUACGAAUUUGACGGAUUCUGGAUAGAAUCUAAACCUAGUAAUAUGAUGGAAUUCUCAUCUAUACAGGAGAGGUUCGAAAGCACCAUCAGAAUGGCCUUGGCCAAUCCAACCACGGUAUUUAGGAUAAAUGUGUCUGUUGACAAUAUUUAGAAUAUAAGGCAAUUCCGUGUGUUUUAAAACACCGCCACAAAGGCAGAUCUUUUUUAAAAUCGUUGCCUGUAAUCUUCAUUUUGGGUUGACAAUUUUUUCAAUACUCAUUUAUGUUAUGUUAACAUGUUUUAUUUACUGACAGAAAAUACAUUUUUCAAACCGUAAAUCGCGAUAAAGACAUAAUUGAUUAAAUCUUUCGAGUCUAUACGUACUUUUUCACCAUUUUUAAUAUUUGAAGCAUUGCUGAAAGCAAAAUUGCAGUUUAUGGGUAUCCUUUUAUUCAUUUGGGCUUGGUUCAGGUUUUAUUUAAGGCUGUUACGCUACUUGUAAUUAUUUUUACACUUAUUUGACUGUGCAAUGUUGCUCAAGAUCGUUGGAAUGAAUUUUCCAACUCAGAGAAUUGAUUUAUAAAUAUAAAAUCUGCUAUAAGCAUUUAUAUUGCAUGAAAUAUACUUUUAGAAAUUUGGUGCUUUAUUUAGUUUUUAAUGAAAUCUCAGACUGGAUCACUGUCAAAUGAGAAAUGUUCUACACUACAAGUCGCAAAAUUUCUGGGCGACACGAUUUUGAGGUUUUGAUUUUCAAAAAUACGCAAAAUUUUUCUUUAAACCUUUCUAAUUUAUAAGCGAAACAUCCUGGAGUUCUAUGUCGGCUGAACUAUUUUUGUAGCUAGGAGAUUUUUCUCAUGUAAUCGAAUGUUUGCAUUUUUCUUGAAAAAAUGAGUUAGGAAAACAUUUUAUCAUAUAUGUUUGUAGCUUUAAAAAAGUUCUACAAACAAUCUUUCAUGAUAUGAUGCAUAGUUUACGAGAAAAACUAAAAAAAUUAAUAUAAUAAAAGACCCCAUUAAACUUAUAGAACUCUUUCUUCAUAGAAAAGCACCAUUUACAAAAAAUAUAAUUUUUAAAGAAACAGAGAUAAAAUCGUCAUUUUUUUGUUAAAAUUUUGAAAACAUGUAAAGUGUAUUCUGUGUAUUUCCUGCUAAAAGUUUGGUAUAGGCUACAAUAUUUUUUUGGUCAGGCGCAUUUUUUGUUCAAAGAAUAGAAUAUUCGAAUAUUCUUCGCAAACGAUGCAAUAUAUAUUUAACGUUCGGCCACAUACUUCGAUCGCUCAUAAAACUCGAAGGAUUUCUUCCUUACGAAAGAACAAAUAAAAAUAAAAAAUGGAAAACCCUAUAAAUGUGGAUUUUUUUGGUAAAAAUAUACUUUAUACCUUCAAAAUAAUCGCCCCCAUUUUGUUAAUUUUCAACUUUCCGAAUUUUUCGGCUGACUGAGAAAGAGGACAGUGAACUUCUCCAAAAUAUGUAAAGUAGAAACUUGGGUUAGGGUUAAAGUGGCCCACUUUGAUAUAUGUGUUGUAGUACUAUGACACAUAUCAAAUUUCCUAAAAAGACUUGGAUCAAUUGUGACUAGUUUUUUUUGUGUAUGGUCUUUUGAGGUUUGAAAAUCUAAAUAAUAUUAAAAAUUAGAAUAAAAAAAAGUGUUUCUUGAUUGAAAACAUACAUCAAAAUAUCACAUCGCCGAGAGAUUCUGUGACUUAAAGUAUAGAACCUGCUUGAUUUGAAAUGGAUCCAGUUUAUAAAUUCUAGACUAUAGAAAAAAAUACCAGUUCUGAAAGAAUAACACUCUUAAGUUAACAUUAAGAUUGUUUUAAUAGCCUGAAAAUCAUCAAAUACCUAAAGAGUGUGUAACAUUGUUCGUACGAAUUCUUUGAUUGACUGAUAUUUUGCAAGCAAUGAUAAAUGAUAAGUUUAAUAAUUGUAACGUACUUUGCACAUAAUGCUUUGUUUUGUGAUGUUUUUCUCCUGCAUUGCAAGAGUAUAGUAAUGACAUUGUGAUGAUAAAGAAAAAUUUUGCAACGAGUGCAAUAUGUCGAGUCAAUUUGUCACAUUGCCAUAGAUUACCUCUUAUGUCAUUUCUAGCGCACGUUUAAACGCAUAACUCCAAUAGCGUUCAACCAAAUCAGUGAGGAAAUUCUAGGAUUUAUGAGAAUACAAAUUUUUCUCAUUUAAAAGCCACACAAAUAUUAUUAUUAUCUCUGACGAGAUUACCGAUAUUAUUAUAUAAUUGUAUCUAAAAUUAAAAAAUGAAUUAUGGCAAAUAAUGUGGAAUUAUCUGGAUUGAUAUAAAAUACGUAAAUUAUAAAAAUUUGCUAUGUAUUCUUGGAUUAAGAAUAGGGUAAACAGGAAUAUUGCCCUCAGUAUAUGCCAGUACCGUAUUAUUCCGAACGUUACUUUUUUUCAAUCCGUUACUGUGUUACUUUAUGACGUUUUUUGAUUGUAUUUGUACUACAUUAUAUUUCAUGGUAGCCAACCAGAAAACAUCUUUUUUUAAGUUGCAUUAAAUCCCUGCAUAUUGGACUAUCAACGAAACAUUUAUUUCCUCAUAAAAAUGGGAGGUGAGUGAAAAAAAUAUUUUGUACUAUGCAAUUCUAAUAGUAUGGAAACCUUCUUUUCGACAAAAAGAAAGCAACUCAAAAUUUGGUUAAAUUCGUGAAUAUCUUCUGCUUCACACAAUGAUUGAAAUUUUUUACUGUAAACUUAUUUAAAUAAAAAGAAUUUUACAUUCAAAAACUGAGAAAAAUAACUUGAUAUGAAUUAUGAACUAUCUUUGCGUAUAGAAUAUAUGUGGUCUACGCUCACCGAAGUUUGGUGAACGUAGACAUUUUCCAGAUUUCCUGAACUCGCCGAAAAUAUUUGUUCUGGUUUCACUGAAAUUCGAUGAACCUAGAAACGGCCUAACAAUUAUGGUUAUCAGAAUAUGUUUCAAUUCAAUCAUUUUUGUGCUAUUUUUAUUCAAGUCAAAACGAGAUUCUUUAUAAAGCUUAGAUAUUACUUGCAAAUCAAUAAUAAUGUAAAAAUCGAGAAAAUAAGUGAUUUAAUAGUACAUUGUGGUACAAGGAAAAUGCCACCGUCUCCACGCGUAUCGCAUACUAUUUUUAAUGAAAAAUGCAUUGAAACUUGACUGAAUCCGAUAAAAAAGGAAUGUCGGAUAAUAGUACUACAAAUUUUAAGCGGAGUUCAGGGGUGAACAGAAGAAAAAACCGUUUCAAUUAGCAUAUUUCGUUUAUUCAGUAGCAUCAAUAA